AUGAUGGCGCGCCGUCUCAACCGCGACGAAUACACGGUCGGGUGGGUAAGCGCCUUGUCGGACGAGUUCACUGCAGCGCAGGAGAUGCUCGACGAAGAACACCAAGACCUCCCUCCAGCUCCGGGUAGCAACGAUUCAAAUAUAUACACGCUCGGGUGCAUAGAGGGUCAUAAUGUGGUCCUUGCAUGUUUGCCCGCAGGCCAGACGGGUACAAAUCCUGCUUUGGCAGUGGCUUUCCAGAUGAAGACCACGUUCCCAGCCAUUCGAUUUGGGCUAAUGGUGGGAAUCGGAGGCGGCGUUCCUAGUAAGAAUGCGGAUAUCCGACUCGGCGACAUUGUUGUUAGCCAGCCGGUAAACGGUCAUGGCGGGGUAGUACAGUAUGACUUUGGAAAGUCAAUGCCAAACGAGUUCAAGCGGACGGGAUUCCUCAACGCCCCACCCGCAGUUCUUCUCGCCGCCGUUACAAAGCUUCGAUCCAAUCUAGACCGAGGGAGGAACAGUCUGUUACCGCACCUGUCGAAGCUUAGUAACCUCCCUAAGUUCAGCCACGAUCAAGCAGGAAGCGAUGUGCUUUUUGAAGCGCAGUACAACCAUGUGGGAGAGGAUAGCUGCGCAUCAUGUGUAAAUGCGAAGAGGAUACAGAGAAAGGAGCGGCCGAACAACUUACCUAUCAUUCACUACGGUACGAUCGCAUCAGGAAACCAGGUGAUGAGGGACGGUGCAGAGCGGGACAAGAUCAGCUCUAAAUUUGAAGGAGUUCUCUGCUUUGAGAUGGAGGCAGCUGGCCUAAUGAAUAACUUCCCAUGCUUGGUGAUCCGCGGAAUCUGCGACUACGCCGAUUCCCACAAAAACAAGACAUGGCAGCCAUACGCGGCGGGAACAGCAGCUGCAUACGCAAAGGAGCUGCUAGGAGUGAUACCGGCGGCGGAUGUUGUGAAAACGAAAACUAUUAAUGAAGCGAUACGAGAGCCGAAGCGUAGUUUCUACCUCCCUUUACUACAGAAUCGCCAGUUUGUUGGUCGAAGUGUAGAGCUCGAGACGCUGAAACAAAAAUUCCUUGUCAAUGAAGACUGUCAGAAGGUGGCGCUCAGCGGCCUUGGUGGUAUCGGCAAGACCCAAAUCGCGUUACAAUUCGCAUACUAUGUCAAGGAAAAUUAUCCAGAACUAUCUAUCUUUUGGGUACAGUCAUUGAGUAUGGAGACCUUCGAGCAGGGUUUUGUGGAGAUAGCAAGAGCAUUGGGAAUACACCAGGAGCAACAGAACAAAGAAGACGUGAAGAUCCUCGUACGACAACGGCUAUGCGCAAAGAAAGCCGGAAAGUGGUUACUAAUUAUCGAUAACGCCGAUGACCUUGACUUACUUCGUGGGCGCCAUCAAACAGACGGCCUGUUGGCCUUUUUACCAGAAAGUGAGGAUGGCUUGACCAUAUUCACAACGCGACAUGGAAGUGUAGCGCAACAUCUAGCGGGCAGCGAUGUGAUUGAGAUAGGACGGAUGCCGGAAAAGGAGACGAUCGACCUGUUGGAGAAGUCGUUGGUUCGACAGAGCCCCUCUUGCAGCCGCGAGACCAUGACGAACUUUGUCAGAGAGCUGGAGUAUCUCCCGCUGGCUAUUACUCAGGCCGCAGCAUAUAUCAACGUGAACAAAAGCUCCAUCUUCGAGUAUUCGUGGCUUUUUAAGAACACAGAGCAUGAUGCUAUUGCAAUAAUGAGCACGAAUUUUGGCGACAAAACACGAUACCAGAACUUGACAAAUGCAGUCGCUAAAACGUGGACGAUAACGUUCAACAAGAUCCUCGAACGCGAUACGUUAGCGGCAGAUCUCCUCGCAUUUAUAUCUUGCAUCGAAUGUAGAACUAUCCCAUACUCCAUUUUACCAUUGGCGUAUCCCGAGGCACGGUUGGCAGGGGCCAUUGGCACACUCUGCUCCUACUCUUUUCUAGACAGAAGAGAUAACGGCACUAAGCUCGAUAUGCAUAGGCUAGUGCAUUUGGCUACCAGGGUGUGGCUUCAUCAGAGUGGUCGUGAAGCAGAAACGAAAAUGGCGGCUUUGAAACACCUCUCCAGAGUCUUUCCAUCCGACGACUACAAGAAUCGUGAGAUCUGGCGGGAUUAUCUGCCACAUGUGGCACGCAUAGAGAAGUUUGAGAACUGCCAACGCACAGAAGAGAUGACCGAGCUCUGUCUGAAGGUAGGCAAAUGCUUAUACGUGGACGGGCGGAUGAAGGAAGCCGUUCUUUGGCUACGAAGGUCUUGUAAGUGGAGGGAUAAAAACCUUGUCCAAGAUGACAGAUAUCGGUUAUUAUCUCAACACGAGCUCGCCCGAGCAUAUCACGCAGACGGCCAGGUUAAGAAGGCGAUCAAACUACUAGAGCGUGUUAUCGCGACACAAGUAUUCGCAGAAGACCACCCCAAUCGACUAGCGUCGCAGCACGAGCUUGCCCGAGCAUAUCGCACAGACGGUCAGGUUAAGGAGGCGGUCAAACUUCUAGAGCAUGUCGUCGCAAUACGCGUGGAAGUGCUUGUCACAGACCAUCCUGAUCGACUAGCAUCGCAGCACCAGCUCGCCCGAGCAUACCUAACGGACGGUCAGGUUAAGGAGGCGGUCAAACUACUAGAGUAUGUCGUCGCGAUACGUGCGGAAGUGCUCGCCGCAGACCACCCCGAUCGACUAGCAUCGCAGCACCAGCUCGCCCGAGCAUAUCUCGCGGACGGUCAGGUUAAGGAGGCGGUCAAACUGCUAGAGCUUGUCGUCGCAAUACGUGCGGAAGUGCUCGCCGCAGACCACCCAGAUCGACUAGCAUCGCAGCACCAGCUCGCCCGAGCAUAUCUUACGGACGGUCAGGUCAAGGAGGCGGUCAAACUUCUAGAGUAUGUCGUCGCGUUACGUGCGGAAGUGCUCGCCGCAGACCACCCCGAGCGACUAGCAUCGCAGCACCAGCUCGCCCGAGCAUAUCUCGCGGACGGUCAGAUUAAGGGGGCGGUCAAACUACUAGAGUAUGUCGUCGCAAUACGUGCGAAAGCGCUCGCUGCAGACCACCCCGAUCGACUGGCAUCGCAGCACCAGCUCGCCCGAGCAUAUCUUACGGACGGUCAGAUUAAGGGGGCGGUCAAACUGCUAGAGCUUGUCGUCGCAAUGCGCGCGAAAGUGCUUGCCGCAGACCACCCCGAUCGACUGGCAUCGCAGCACCAGCUCGCCCGAGCAUAUCACAAGGACGGUCAGGCCAAGAAAGCGGUCAAGAUGCUAGAGCAUGUCGUCGCGAUACGCGCGGAAGUGCUUGCGACAGACCAUCCUGAUCGACUAGCGUCGGAGAAGGUACUUCGCUGGAUUCUGCGAGGAUCUGCCAAAGAGAUCUGA